GUGCCAGAGCCGCAGCCAAUCGCGGGGCCGGGCUGAUCCUGGGAGCGAGGAGGCUGUGGUGAGGGACGGGCGAAGACAGGAGAUGUUUUCAAAUCCGACCCCGGCAGUGGUGUUAGUGGCGGUUGUGGCGGUGACGGCGACCGGGACAGCGGCGACGCUGAGCCUCCAGCUCCGGGGUUAAACCCCUCGGACACGGAACAAGAACCGGGAUAGGGGUGGGUAAGGGGAGGGGGGGCGUGGCGGGGACGGAGAAGCAGAGGAGGAAGGAGGAGCUCGACUGCGAGCUAUUUCCCCGGCGCCCGAGAGGAGACCCCGCAAUCCUGCUUCACCGCUCGUCCCCCACUUCUCCCACACAGAUAUUUCUGUACUGAUUUGACCAGUGCUAAACAAACUAAGGAAUUAAGUCUGGUUACAACCAACUGAUAUUUACUACUGUGACCCUGCUUUUAGACACAUGAUGAGAAGACUGAUACAGGACUCAGCUAGCUGAACAGCUAUAAAAUGCCCAAAUCUGGGUCCACAAAACCAGUUCAGAGUGAAAAUUCUGACAGUGACGGCAACAUGGUAGAAAAACCAUCUGGAAGAAAGAGUAAAGAAAAGAUUUCAUCCUACAGCAAAACUCCAAAAGUUGAUAGGAAUGAUGUGGGGAAAGAGGUGAAAGAGAAAUCAUCUAUGAAGCGUAAACUUCCAUUUAGCGUUAGUCCAUCAAGAAAUGAAGAUCGAGAUUCAGACACAGAUUCAGAUCCAGGACAUACAAGUGAAAAUUGGGGGGAGAGACUAAUAUCUUCUUACAGGACAUAUUCAGAGAAAGAAGGCCCAGAGAAGAAGAAAACCAAAAAGGAGUCUGGAAAUAAGAAAUCAACACCUGUUAGCAUUCUUUUUGGUUACCCGUUAUCUGAACGCAAACAGAUGGCCCUUGUGAUGCAAAUGACAGCAAGAGACAACAGUCCAGAUUCCACCCCAAAUCAUCCUUCACAGACAACCCCAGCAGCACAAAAGAAGACUCCCAGUUCCUCUUCUCGACAAAAGGACAAAGUUAAUAAAAGAAAUGAGCGUGGAGAGACACCUUUGCAUAUGGCAGCUAUUCGAGGAGAUGUGAAACAAGUCAAAGAGUUAAUAAGUUUAGGGGCAAAUGUGAACGUGAAAGAUUUUGCAGGUUGGACACCACUACAUGAAGCCUGUAAUGUUGGAUACUAUGAUGUUGCUAAGAUCCUCAUAGCAGCUGGAGCAGAUGUUAACACACAAGGAUUAGAUGAUGAUACACCACUCCAUGAUUCAGCUAGUAGUGGGCACAGAGAUAUUGUCAAGCUACUUCUUCGACAUGGUGGAAAUGCAUUUCAAGCCAACAAACAUGGGGCACGACCAGUGGAUGUAGCAGAGACGGAAGAAUUAGAACUACUUCUGAAAAGAGAAGUGCCUCUGUCCGAUGACGAUGAGAGCUUUACAGAUUCUGAAGAGGCUCCAUCUGUAAAUCCUUCUAGUGUUGAUGAAAAUAUUGAUUCUGAAGCAGAGAAAGACUCAUUAGUCAGUGAAAGUAAACAGUUAAUACCUAGUAAAGCCCCUCUUCCAUCUGCUCUUGAUGAAUAUGAAUUCAAAGAUGAUGAUGAUGAAGAAAUAAAUAAAAUGAUUGAUGACAGACACAUUCUUAGGAAAGAACUACGGAAAGAAAAUGAAUCUGAAAUAGAAAAGAAUUUAUUUGUAAAGCAAGAAAAAGUCUAUCCCAAACUAUUUAAAAGUAAAAAACAGAAACCAUCUAGAGUUCUGUAUUCAAGUUCUGAAAGUUCAGAUGAGGAGAUUCUUCAGGACAAAAAAGUUGUUUCUACUUCAUGUUCUGUCCCUGAAACUUCAACUUCUGAUUUAAGAUCCAAAAAGGAAUAUUUAGUUGGAAAUGAACAUAAACAGAAAGGAAAGGUUAAAAGAAAGUUAAAAAAUCAGAACAAAAAUAAAGAAAAUCAAGAGUUGAAGCAAGAAAAAGAAGGAAAAGAAAAUUCUAGGGUAACAAACUUGGUAUGUAAUCCUGUAUUAGAUUCUCUAGACAAAACUAGAGAGGAAGAAAAUUUUAGAAAGUCUUUUACUCCAAAAGAUGAUACUUCAUUACAUUUAUUUCAUAUUACUACUAGUAAAUCUCCUAAACAUCUCUGUGGUCUAAGUGAAAAACAGUCAAUGCUACUAAAACAAGAAAACACCAAAACAUGCUUAUCACCAGGUAGUUCUGAAACAUCCUUACAAUCCGACCUUGUUAGACAUGAAAACAAUGCAGAUUCAGAAUUCCUGUUGGAAACUUCUAGUGGAAAAUAUUGUAAACAUAAAGAAAAAAGUAAACAUCAUCAGAAAGAUUUCCACUUAGAAUUUGGUGAGAAGUCUAUUCCAAAAAUUAAAGAUGAAGAUCAUAGUCUAUCUUUUGAUAAUUCAGACUACACACCAAAAAAGAUUGAUAAAGAAGGAAAAACAUUAAAGAAACAUAAAUUAAAACAUAAAGACAGAGAAAAAGAAAAGCACAAAAAAGAGCCAGAUGGUGAAAAAGAAAAAUACAAAAAUAAGGAUGGAAAUAAAGCAGUUCAAAGAAGUGUUGAAUUUGAUAGAGAAUUUUGGAAAGAGAAUUUUUUUAAAAGUGAUGAAACUGAAGAUAUCUUUUUAAAUGUGGAACAUGAAUUCCUGCCAUCUGAAAAAAAAUCUAAGUUGGAAAAAAACACAAAAGAUGACAAAUCAAGCAAGGAAAAACACAUACCAAAAGAAAGAAGUUUUAAAGAGGAACGAGAAAAAGGCAAAAAGGAAAGUGAGAAAUCCUUUAGGGAAGAAAAAAUCAAAGAGUUAAAAGAAGAAAGGGAGAAUAUACCAACAGUUAAAGAAACAGAAUUACUUCCUUUGAGUAUAAGUGUUAAAGAAGAAUCAGUGGGAUUGCAUUUAAUAGAAAAGGAGACAGAAAUUGACAAGCAAGAAAAGAAUAUGAAAGAAAAUAAGGACAGGCCUGAGAAACGUCUUCAGAUUAAAGAAAAAGACUUGGAAAGGAAUGACAGAAAAAAUACUGAAAAAGAAAAGAAGAUAAAACAUGAUCAUAAGCCAGAGAGAGACAAAUUAGAUUUGAAUGAAUGCUUAGAAAAAACAAAAGAAAAGGACAGAGGAAAUUCACAACAGGUAGAAAAAUACCAUAAAGAAAGUGAGAAGAUAAAAAAUGUUGCUGCAGUUAAAAAAGCUGAUGACAGAGAAAAAAGUAGAGAUAAGAUGGAUAAAAAACAUGAUAAAGAAAAAACUGAAAAAGAGAGGCAUCUAGGUGAAAGCAAAGAAAAACACUUCAUAGAGAAAAAAGGUAAGCUAUCAGAUAAAGAUAGUGACUAUAUUAAACUUGAAAAAAGCAGGACAAAAGAAAGGGAGGUUGAGAAAAGGGAAAAAUCUAGAGAUAAAGAAAGUUUAUCUUUAGCUGCUUCUAAGCAUGUACAGGAAGAGAGAAGGUCAACUUCCACAGAAAGUAGUAAGACACUGCAUGAAAAACUUUCAUCUCUUAAAGAAAAAACAAAAGAUGAACCGUUGAAAACUCCUGAUGGAAAAGAAAAAGAUAAAAAGGAUAAAGAUAUAGACAGGUAUAAAGAACGAGAUAAGCACAGAGAUAAAAUACAACUAAAUAAUGUACCCAAGCACAAAUCUGAAGUAGAUAAGCCUAAACCUAAAUCAUCGACUCAGAAAGAUAUUCGACCAAAAGAAAAGAGAUUAGUGAAUGAUGAUUUAAUGCAAACAAGUUUUGAAAGAAUGCUAAGCCUUAAAGACCUAGAAAUAGAACAGUGGCAUAAAAAACAUAAGGAAAAAAUUAAGCAAAAAGAAAAGGAAAGAUUGAGGAACCGUUCCUGUUUAGAACUCAGUAAGGUGAAAGAUAAAGAAAAAGCAAAAAAUACUCUAGCAGAAUCAAAAAAUAAAGAAUUAAUUAGGUCAAGGAGUUCAGAGUUGUCUGAUGUUUACACUAAGGAGAAACAUUUGAAAGAUGCUACAAGUAACAGAUCUCAAUCUGUAGACACAAAGAAUAUAACAAAUGUUGGGAAGUCAUCUUUAAUUAUAGAUAAUAAUUUAAGCAGAUCCCCUCGAUCAGAAAGUGAAAAAACAGGUCUCAGCUCUAGAUCUGUAUCAAUGAUUUCAGUUGCUAGCUCAGAAGAUUCCUGCCAUACUACAGUGACAACUCCAAGGCCUAUAGUUGAAUAUGAUUCUGACUUUAUAUUGGAAGGUUCUGAUUCCCAAAUGUCCUUUUCACAGUCACCAUUUUUGCCAGUUGCCAAAUCUCCUGCCCUUCAUGAAAGGGAAUUGGACGGUGUAACUGAAUUGCCAGAGCGGAUUAAAUUACCACAUGCAAACAGGCUUCCAACAUCUCAUCUCAGGUCAUCUUCUUUAGAAGAUGUUAAGCUUAUUAUUAAUGAGUGUAGACCUGUCGUGGAAGUUCGAAGAUGUAGCAUGCCACCUGUCAUUUCAGAACAUAUAAAACAACUUCAAACAGUGUCAGAAGAAAACAGUCAAAGUAGGUUACUAGCUGUGCCAAGUCAUAUUUGCAGUUCCCCUAAACAUGAAGUGUCUUCUUGUAAUGUGCCUGAAAAUGACCUUUCAAAAGUGUCUAACUUACAUUCCAGUUUUGCUACAUCUUUCAGCAAUAAACAUAGUUCAUCAGAUACAAAUGUUAACAAAAGUACUGCUCAAAUGAGCCCUGUAGGAGAAAACCCUAUGCAUGUAGAGCCAUGUAAUCUAAUUAAUAUGACACAACAAAAUAAAUCUUGGGAGAUACCUGUUGAAAGACUAGAGUCAUUAAGCACAAAUGAUUUUAACUGUCCAAGCUAUAGAGUACCUGAUCAAGAUCCAAUCAUCCAAGGAUUGUGUAAUCCUGACAGCAGAUUAUUAAAGGAACAGAAUAUUUCUGAAUUAUUACCUCAACACCAAACUGAAAUCCAAGGAAAUUCAGGUGCUCAAGAUUCAGCAUCUUUUAUGCCUUCUCAGCCACCCUGCUCUUUCCAUGGCCAGUCAUUCCCAGAUGCUGAAUGUAUUCCUAAACAUAUGUCUUCGUCAUAUAUGAGUAAUCAGGAGGCAACUUUUCAACAGAAAGCUCUAGUCCAAAAUAAUUCUAUUUCAGACACAGAUAAUAAUUUUAAAAAAGACUUGGAAAAUACUUUUUUUCCAACCGAUGGUCAAAAGACAGAUGUUUUUGUCACUGUGAAUGCUGAAAGGACCAUUCAGGAUACAUCACCAAAUUAUGAAAGGACUAAUGCCCUGCCCAUAGUACCAUCAGAAAAGGACUUUCUCGGAAAUGAUGCCUAUUCACAAAUAAAUACACAUCCUUAUACAUUUAGCAAACUUUAUAAAACUUCGAACAGUCAUGAAGUUGAUAGCACAGCUGACGACACUCAGGUUAUUUCACAUGAAAAAGAAAAACUUGAGAGUUCAGUUUUAAUCAGUUUAGCUAAUAAGUCUGAUGUGGAUCUUGGUGAACUAAAUGCAGGGAUAUCUAAAGGAAACCUAAAUGAACAAGAUAGUUCAAAAAAUUAUAGUGAAAGUAGAAAAGGAUUUCUGUCCACAGAAGAUGAGGAAUCGCAACAAAGCACUUUAUCAAAUCCUGAAAGUCAUUCACAACCGUCUGGUCAAGCAGAAAUACAAAAAUGUAGUCAGUUAGUUAAACUAGAGGUAGAAGAAACUGCCGAAGAUGAUAAAACUGAUCACCAGAUACCUCAAAGGAUAACUAGAAACAGAGCAAAUAUAAUGGCAAGUCAGAGUAAACAGAUCCCUAUUAGUUGUGUGCCAUUGUCUGAAAAAGAUAAUGAAUCUGCAUCUCCUAGAGGAAGAAUAAGGUUAACUGAGGAAGAUGAUGCUCAAGUUCACCAUCCACGGAAAAGGAAAAUGUCACGUGUGCCUCAGCCCGUGCAAGUGAAUCCCUCUUUACUACAAGCAAAAGAGAAAACUCAACAAUCUUUGGCAGCCAUUGUUGAUUCUCUGAAAUUAGAUGAGAUUCAGCCAUAUAGUUCAGAGAGGGCAAAUCCGUAUUUUGAAUACUUGCACAUAAGAAAAAAAAUAGAAGAGAAACGCAAAUUACUGUGUAGUGUUAUUCCUCAAGCACCUCAGUAUUAUGAUGAAUAUGUGACAUUUAACGGAUCAUACCUCCUGGAUGGAAACCCUUUAAGCAAGAUUUGUAUUCCUACUAUUACACCACCUCCAUCCCUGUCAGAUCCACUUAAAGAGCUUUUUCGGCAGCAAGAAGUUGUAAGAAUGAAACUGCGUUUGCAACAUAGUAUCGAAAGGGAAAAGCUUAUUGUAUCUAAUGAACAAGAAGUGCUCCGUGUUCAUUAUCGAGCUGCAAGAACAUUAGCGAAUCAGACGCUGCCCUUCAGUGCAUGCACUGUUCUCCUGGAUGCGGAGGUGUACAACGUGCCCCUGGAUUCUCAGGCUGAUGACAGUAAAACAUCUGUGAGAGAUCGAUUUAAUGCAAGACAGUUCAUGUCUUGGUUACAAGAUGUAGAUGAUAAGUUUGACAAGUUAAAGACUUGUCUUUUGAUGAGGCAACAGCAUGAAGCAGCAGCUUUAAAUGCUGUCCAGAGACUGGAGUGGCAGCUUAAGCUCCAGGAACUUGAUCCUGCCACUUACAAAUCUAUCAGCAUUUAUGAAAUUCAGGAGUUCUAUGUUCCUCUUGUUGAUGUUAAUGAUGAUUUUGAAUUAACACCUAUAUGACAACUAUCUUUUCCUGAUUUUGUUUUUUUUAUGGAGACUGUUUAAAUGCGAUAAUCUAAAAUGCAACUAUUUUAUUAGAGCACUUAAUACUGUGGCAUAGGACCUUUUGCAAUAAUUCAGGUAUUAUUCUUUCAAAAUUCUUUAGCAAAGUUCUGUUAAAGUUUGUUAAAUACUGUCAUUUUCUAAUGUGGCACAAAUUAUUUAGAUUUUAGAUCAAAAACCAGUUUCCCACUAAAGACUGUUAUUUAUAAUGGUAAAAAUUAACUAUGUUAUUAGAAUAUGUUGUCAAACUGUGGAAAAUACUAAAGAAGGUGAGAUACUGAUAACAAUGCUGGAAGUUGUUAUCAAACUAAGUGAGAUAAAUGAGACACCCAUUGAUAUUUAAAUCUUUUAGAGGUUUUAUUAAAGCUCGUAUCAUUAAACUCAAUAAUUUAACUCCCACAGAAUAGCACUAAAUGUGGAAGAAAAAUUGCGGAGAAAUAUUUGUUCACCUUAUUAUAUUUUGUAAAUUAAUUGUACAGUUUUUUGAAAGAUGUAAUAUUGUCUUCAUUUUUAAUAACUUAUUUUAUACAUAUUGUGUAAAUGUAAAUAGUCUUGUAAUUAAUGGUCAAACCUUGUACAAAAAAUGGAUGGUCAAAAUCUGUACAAAGAAAUAGAUAUUUUCAUUGUAAA